AUGGCCCAGUGGUGCCAGCUGCAACUACUGGAGUCUAAAUACCUGGAGCAGGUCGACCAGAUCUAUGAUGACUCCUUCCCCAUGGACAUCAGACAGUACCUCAGCAAGUGGAUUGAGAGCAUCGAUUGGGAUAAUGUGGCUGUUCAGGACUCCUUAGCAACAGUACGUUUCCAUGACCUCCUAGCCCAGCUGGAUGACCAACACAGCCGCUUCGCCCUGGAAAACAACUUCCUGCUACAACACAACAUCCGCAAGAUCAAGAGAAACCUCCAGGACCGCUUUCAGGAGGACCCCGUUCACAUGGCCAUGAUCAUCUCCAGAAACCUGAAGGAGGAGCAGAGGAUUCUGGCUGCUGCCAAAAGCAUAGAGACCAACAGAGAAAACACACAGACCAGCAUGGUUCUGGAGAAGCAAAAGCUGGACAACAAAGUGAAAGACAUGAAAAACAAGGUUCAGGAAGCGGAUCAGAAUGUAAAGUCUCUGGAAUACCUUCAAGACGAGCAUGACUUUAAGGAAAAUACUCUUAAGAACAGAGAACAUGAAAUGAACGGGCUGACACCCAAACAGCUGGAACACGAGAAGCUGCUGAUUGUAGAGAUGUGUUUCAAGCUGAAGUUCAAGAGAGUGGAAGUGGUUGGCCAGUUGGCGGAGGUGCUCAACAUGGCCGAGGCGGUCCAGUCAGACCUGAUCUCAGAGGAGCUGCCUGAGUGGAAGAAGAGGCAGCAGAGCUCCUGUAUUGGAGGACCACCCAACGCAUGUCUGGACCAACUGCAGAACUGGUUCACAGCGGUGGCAGAAAGCCUGCAGCAGGUGAGGCAGCAGCUGAAGGAGCUCCAGGAACUAGAGCAGAAGUACACAUACGACAACGACCCAAUCAAACAGCAGAAAGGCUUCCUGGAGGGGCGGGCCCUUGCACUGUUCCGGAACCUCCUUGAACAUUCCUUGGUGGUAGAGAGACAGCCCGGUAUGCCCACACAUCCACAGAGAACUCUGGUGCUGAAGACACAGGUGCAGUUCACUGUCAAGCUCAGUAAAUUUCUUGUGAAGCUCCCGGAAUUCAACUAUCAACUCAAAGUGAAAGCUUUGUUUGACAAGGACGUUACAGAAAAGAAAGGGUUUCGUAAGUUCAACAUAUUGGGUACCAACACAAAAGUUAUGAAUAUGGAGGAGUCAAAUGGAAGCUUGGCUGCAGAGUUUCGCCAUUUGCAACUGAAAGAGCAGAAAGUAGCUGGCAACAGAACAAAUGAGGGGCCUCUCAUUGUGACAGAGGAGCUGCACUGCAUCUGCUUUGAGUCUGAACUCAACCAGUGUGGUCUGGAGCUCAAGCUAGAGACCAUCUCCCUGCCCAUCGUGGUCAUCUCCAACGUCAGCCAGCUGCCCAGUGGCUGGGCCUCCAUCCUGUGGUACAACAUGCUGACCAGCGAGCCCAAGAACCUGAAGUUCUUCCUGAGCCCUCCUGCAGCGUCCUGGGGUCAGCUGUCUGAGGUGCUGAGCUGGCAGUUCUCCUCUGUCACCAAGAGGGGGCUCAAUGAAGAGCAGCUAGGCAUGCUGGCCGACAAACUACUGGGCCAGAAAGCACAGCGGAAUCCUGAGGGCCUUAUCCCCUGGACCAAGUUCUGUAAGAGUCUCAGUGAGAAGAGCUUUCCCUUCUGGCUGUGGAUCGAAGCUAUCCUGGACCUCAUCAAGAGACAUCUGCUGUCCCUAUGGAACGAUGGUUGCAUCCUGGGCUUUGUGAGUAAGGAGAGGGAGAAGGCCAUGCUGACUGGGAAGUGUCCAGGCACGUUCCUGCUGCGCUUCAGUGAGAGUAGCAGAGACGGAGCCAUCACAUUCACUUGGGUGGAACACGACCUAUACGAUAAGCCUGUAUUCCAUGCAGUGGAGCCCUACACCAAGAAGGAGCUGUCUGCCGUCUCUCUGCCUGACAUCAUCCGCACCUACAAGGUGAUGGCAGCUGAGAACAUCCCAGAGAACCCACUCCGCUUCCUCUACCCAGACAUCCCCAAAGACAAAUCCUUCGGAAAGUACUACACCAGGGCCUCCGAGGCAUCGGAGCCCAUGGAUGUGGAGGGUUCCAGCGUCACAGGAUACAUGAAGACAGAACUCAUAUCAGUGUCAGAAGUUCACCCAUCUAGACUGCAAGACAACAUGAUGCCCAUGUCGCCAGACGUGUUCGGAGAGCUGAAGAGGACUGUUGCACCAGUGCUCCAGUGCUGGAGUAGUCCUAAGGACAUUGACGCUGUGGCGUCUGAUCUCAGAGAGUUUUUACCUGAAGACUUUCAGGUAUUGUCAAUGGUGCCCCUUUCUCCGAAUAAGCAUGUCUUUGCUAGUAAUAACAGGCUGUGGGUGACGUUUCAAUUUUGCAAAAUAAUCACCGCUGCUUGCAAACCGUACCUACUGUAGUAGCUUAUAGUAGUACCUGCAGUACAACUGUUUUGUGUUUUUAGCUAGAGGCUCAUGUAUGCAUGAUUGUCUGUAGUCUGCUACAUUUCCUGACCGGUAGGCAACAUCCUCUAAAAAUGCUUCAAUCCCUUGAGAUUGAAUUUGUAAUACGCACAUUCAUUCCAAUGUCAUCACGAUGGCAUUUAUUUUUUCCCUCUGACCAAUGGUAGCUUUGUAUCCAUUAAAGACAUUUUGCUCAUGUUGACGUUUUUAUCAUCCUCUGUAGAUGACACCUGAUUUGGACUGCAACUGAGCCAACAGACAUGUGUGACCUGAUCUUUUAGUCCAGGAAAUGCUUCAGUAUAAAACAUUUCAUUUUUAUCCUUUACUCUCCUUGAGCUUUGGUAGUCACGUUUCAGAACAAAUACUUUUGUACCGAGUCAGUUUAGAAAUAUACAUUAUAUAUUACACUUUACUGAACUGGAAACAAUUCAUAAUUUUGUGAUUUGUAUAAACUUAAAGCACUUAACAACAUUGCCUUUAGAAGGUAUUCCCACAUUUUGUUACAGCCUGAAUAUAAAAUGUAUUAAAGCUUUACACACCC